AUGCGCAGUGUCCGGGCAGCGGGUCUCGGCGUGGCGACAGCAUCGAAGCUGUCGUCGUCGUCGUGCACGUCGUCCAAGUCGCUCGCCUUGAAACCCCGCCAGGAUGCUUCCCGGACGGCAGGCCGGCAGCAUAGCAGGUUGGUUGUGGAGGCCAAGGGGAAGAAGAGCAACCAGAACUACGCGAGAAGACAACAGCAGCAGCAGCCCACCCCUCCGGAAUUCGACCCGUCAGACGACACCCCCCGCUUCGUCCUCUUCAUCAAGACUAAAGCGGUGAACCGGUGGUACCCACUGAGCGUGGUGACGGGCGGGACAGCUGCGAAAAUGAUGCUGGCAGUGAUGCGCAACGACCUUGGGAAGAAGCUGUAUGAGGGCACUCUCACUCGCAACAUUGCUGCUGUCGUGUACAAGGACGAGAAGGCGCUCCGCAACGCUGCCUUGAGACAAUACCCCAUGCUCAAGGGCGCGUCGGGCUACGACUACGGCUACAAAGUCAUGGAUCCCGCAAAUCCACGAGCAGCCAUGUACGGCUCAGAUGUCGUGAAGAUGCCGCCAGAGGCGGAGCUCAAGUCAGUGUUUGACAAGGCCAAGGAGUUUGUGGACGAUAAAUUCGGGAAUGCCAAGGAAGCCUUUGGCAAGCUCUCCUCCAUCGGCAGCCUAAGCCCGCCGGAAGAGGCGCCAAAAGCAUCGGAUGCCAACAAGACUGCACCCAAGUGA